AUGGUUGGGCUCCCAGCCAGGGGCAAGAGUCUCAUUGCUGGCAAAGCAUUACGGUAUCUGGCCUGGGUGGGCAUUCCUGCGCGGAUUUUCAAUGUAGGAAACUAUCGUCGACAGGGCAACCCUCACCCGCAAGCAAAUUUCUUCGACCCCUCAAAUGCGGAGGGAGAACGGAUGAGACGAGCGGCUGCAGAGGCGGCAGUCUCUGACAUGCUGCGAUGGUUCAAGCAAUCGAAAGGCACUGUCGCAAUCCUGGAUGCCACAAACUCUACCAAAGCUAGAAGACGAUGGAUUCACGAGUCAUGUGCAGCAGCAGGAAUCGAGACAUUAUUCGUCGAGUCUUGCUGCGACGAUGAAGAUAUCAUCAUGAACAACAUUCUCGAAGUCAAGACGACGUCGCCCGAUUACGUGGGCCAGGAUCCCGAGGCGGCCGCUCUAGAUUUUCGCAACCGGAUUCGUAAUUACGAGAAAGCUUAUGAGACCAUCGAUGAGGCGGAGAAGCACUAUACCUAUGUUAAACUCAUCAAUGUUGGCUCCACUGUUAUCAUCAAUCAUAUCAAGGACUAUCUAUCCAGCCGGCUAGUGUAUUACAUCCAGAAUCUCCAUAUCAGACCUCGCUCGAUAUGGCUCUCUCGGCAUGGCGAAUCUGAGUACAAUUUGGAGGGGAAAAUCGGCGGCGAUGCGAGCAUUUCCGAGCGUGGAGAGGCCUACGCGCGUGCACUACCCGAGCUAUUACGAAAAUCCGGCGUUCCCCCAGGCGCCAAGUUGACAGUUUGGACUUCUACACUUAAGCGCACUAUCCAGACCGCCCGCCAUCUGAUUGCCGAAACGGGAUAUGACAAGCUUGAAUGGAAGGCUCUGGAUGAGCUUGACUCCGGUGUUUGUGACGGCCUGACCUACGAGCAGAUUGCUGAAAAGUAUCCCGAGGACUUCGCUGCCAGGGAUGAAGACAAGUAUAACUAUCGUUACCGUGGCGGCGAAUCCUACCGUGAUGUUGUCAUCCGCCUCGAACCUAUCAUCAUGGAGCUGGAACGGAGCGAGAAUGUCAUGAUCGUGACUCACCAGGCUGUUUUGCGCUGCAUCUAUGCCUACUUCCUCAACACUUCCCAGGAACAGAGUCCCUGGAUGGAAGUGCCACUCCACACCUUGAUUAAACUGACUCCUCGUGCCUAUGGCACAGAAGAGCAGCGCUUCAAGGCAGAUAUCCCCGCGGUGUCUACGUGGCGUGGAAAGGGCACAUCCGCAAAGCAUCAAGAGCGCGGACCUAUGAGCUCCUUCACGGCCCGACCGCUCGUCGAGCUCAAACCGCGGGACAAGUCCAAGAUCGAAUCGGUGCUUGCAAACGGCGAUCGCUUGCUGGUUGGGCUGAACAAUGGGGUUUUGCGGAUUUAUCGAGUCAAUGAGCUGGUCGAGGAGAACGCACAACAGCAGGACGAGGAAGGGAACGGGCACGCGAUAGAGAAUGGGGUUCAUAAGAACGGGAGUAAUGGCCAUGAUCGUCCGGGGUCGGCAUCACCUACUCAACAAGCAGCAGCAGCAAAGGUCAAAUCUACGGAUCUUCUACGUGAGGUGGAGAAGUUUGCGAGGUACAAGAUUGAGCAGUUGGGUCUGAUUAAAGAAGCGGAUCUGCUUAUCUCUUUAUCCGGGGGAUAUGUCUCCAUUCACGAUCUGCAGACAUACCAACUUCAUGAACAAUUGACCAGGACGAAAGGCGCGUCUACUUUUGCAGUGACGAGAAAUAUCAUUGAGGAUCCGGAGACGGGCGUUCCUUCGAUUGUCUCCCGUCUUGCUGUUGCUGUCAAAAGGAAGAUACUCCUCUGGACAUGGCGCAAUUCGGAACUUGAUAGCGACACGGCAGAGAUCACCUUGGUCAGCGGGGUUAAGACAAUCACAUGGGCGUCUGCGACGAAGCUGAUCGCCGGCUUAAGUUCGAACUAUGUUAUGGUUGAUAUCGAGAGCAUGGAGAUUACGGAUCUGGUCGGUCCUGGGAGUAUUGGCGGAGGCCCAGGGCAGGAGACCAGCAGACUAGGCGGUGUUGGAGUCGUGAGCAUGAGCUAUAUUGGUAUGGGAGGAAUGGUACCGAAGCCGCUUGCGACGCGUCUCAGAGAAGGACAAGUUCUGCUGGCUAAGGAUGUCAAUACCCACUUUAUCGAUAUUGAUGGGAACUCCUUGGGAAGAAAGCAGAUUCCUUGGAAUCACGCGCCGGAGUCAAUCGGAUACUCUUAUCCGUACGUCCUUGCACUACAAGAGCCUUCGAAAGGGACAGUGGAAGUGAGAAACCCGGAGACAUUAUCACUUCUCCAGUCAAUAUCCUUACCGUCAGCCAAUCUCAUGUACAUACCCGCGCCGGACACCAGUCUCGCCCACGCAGGAAAGGGUUUUCUAGUUGCCAGUGAUCGCGUCAUCUGGCGAAUGGAAGCCUUGAGCUAUGACUCUCAGAUCGACUCUUUGGUUGAAAAUGGCCAAUUCGACGAGGCAAUUAGUCUCAUCAGUAUGCUUGAAGAUGCACUCCUCAAGGAUAAAGCGAAUCGAUUGCGUGAGGUCAAACUUCAAAAGGCUCAGGAGCUAUUCAAUGCUCGCAAGUACCGAGAUUCGCUAGAUCUCUUCGCCGAAGUCUCUGCUCCUCCAGAGAUUGUCAUUCGGUUGUACCCUCGGAUAAUUGCCGGCGACAUGAGCUCAGUUGUCGAAGAGUCGGAUGAGUCUGAAGCUAGCCCCAUCGAACCUCAGCAGAAAACAAAUGGUAACCAGGCACAUACAGAAACGGUGGGCGCUGAAGAUACUGGCGGGGCCAAAAAUGCCGCGUAUGCUCCUUCAGUGAGGUCGUUUCUUCGAUCGAGGGGAGACGACGGUCCUGGUAGCGAGGUCGGAAGUAUUCGUGGAAAGCCAUUGGAUACCGGUGUCGACAAGCGUCUUGAAGGGAAGGAUCUCAAGGCUGCCGUUCGUGAGCUACAGGGUUUCUUGGCUGAUAUUCGCCGGAGAUUCCAACGAUUCCUAAACCCAGAUGGCUCCCUUAGGGUGUCGCAAGUAGAGAUUAGCGAAUCCAAUGAUGAAUUCACGGAAUCAGUCAGGAAGCUACUUGGAAUUCCCAAGGACGAUGGAGACCAUGAAUUUGCAGACAGGCUGCGGGAAGCUGCUAAACUGGUCGACACGACUCUUUUCCGUGCUCACAUGUAUGCGACUCCUUCACUCGCAGGUUCCCUCUUUCGAAUCGCCAAUUUCUGCGACCCAGACGUGGUUAUGGAGAAACUGGAGGAGAGCGAACGCUACAACGAACUCAUCGAUUUCCUGUACGGGAAAAAGAUGCAUCGUCCAGCUCUUGAGCUCCUUCGGAAGUUUGGCCAAGCUGAGACUGAAGAAGAAAAUGCACCGCAGCUCCACGGACCGAGGAGGACGGUUGCAUAUCUACAAAAUCUACCGCCAGAUAUGAUCGACCUUAUUCUCGAAUUUGCCGAAUGGCCCCUGCGGGCCGAUCCUGACUUGGGCAUGGAAAUCUUCCUGGCCGACACUGAGAAUGCAGAGACAUUACCACGACAACGUGUUCUUGAGUUCCUGGAGAAAGUCGAUUCCGACCUUGCCGUUCGUUACCUAGAGCAUGUUAUCGGAGAGCUGAACGAUGAGACACCAGAGCUACAUCAGAGGCUGCUUACCCUCUAUCUGGAGCGUCUUCAGAAGCAUAAAUCCGGCGAACGGAAAUUUGCGGAAGAAGAUGAAUACGAUGAGACGAAGAAUAAGUUUUUGGACUUACUCAAAUCGAGCGCGCAGUACUCUCCUGCUAAGAUGCUUGAUCGUCUUCCCCGCGAUGACCCCGAGUUUUUCGAAGCGAGAGCGAUCCUCUUUAGCAAGAUGGGCCAACACAAGCAAGCUUUGGAGAUCUAUGUAUUCAAGAUCGGGGAUCACGCGAAAGCUGAGGAGUAUUGCAAUCAUAUACAUAUGUCAGAAGAUAACCAGCCCCCGGAGGGUGCGCCGUCUGGACGUAUAGCACCCACAGACGAGGGAAGCGACAAACAAUCUAUCUAUCUGACCUUGCUCUCGCUAUACCUCUCUCCUCCGCAUGCGUACAAACCGCAAUAUGGUCCUGCUCUGGAGAUUCUGGCCAAACACGGAUCUCGAUUACCGGCCAAUUCCACCCUUAACCUGAUCCCGGAGACACUGCCCGUCCGAGACCUCGAAUUCUACUUCAGGGGCCGUAUGCGGGCGGCAAAUACCAUCAUGAACGAAGCGAGGAUUGUCGCUGGCCUUCAGAAAGUGCAGAAUAUCUCCACGCAAGCACAGCUGCUGCUGGGUGAAGGAGGGCGCGAUCCCAGAGCGACUCGAAGUCGACAUGUCACAGUUACCGAAGAGAGAGUUUGCGUCGUAUGCCAUAAACGAUUAGGAGGAAGUGUCAUCAACGUUUUUCCAGAGUAA